AUGAAUAAAAGAAAACAAGCUGAAAAGAACUACAACGAUUCUGAUAGUACUGUAUCAGAGGAAGAAGAGGAGGAGGAAGAGGAGGAAGAGGAGGAAAAAGAGCACUGCAAACAAACCAAAUCCUCAAACUCUAAACAACAAGAACAAUAUAGUAGUGAUGAUGAUGAUGAUGACAACGAUGAUGAAAAUAGUAGUAGUAGUAGAUCUAGAAAGAAACAAAAAAGUACAACAACAACAACUAUAAAGAAACCUCUUACACCUCUGACAACACUACCAGUAUUUGAUAGAUCAUCAAUACAACACAACAAACUAUUGACUGAUAUUCUAUUGCAAGUUGGAAUAUUUGAAAAGAAUAAAGGAGCAACUCAUAAAUACAAUGCCUAUCGAAAAGCUAUACAAUCAAUUCAAUCCUAUCCAAAAAAGAUUACAUCUGGUCAAGAAUCAAAGAAAUUAGAUGGCGUUGGUUUAAAGAUUUCACAAAAGGUUCAAGAAAUCCUGGAUACUGGUAAAUUAAAAAAAUUAGAAAAGUUACAAUCAAAUGAAAUUUAUAUGGCCAUUAAUGAAAUAUGUAAGUUGACUAAAAACCUAGUAAUGGAACAAAAUAUUAAAACAAUUGCCGAUUUGAGAAAGAUUUCUCAUACUCUAAACCAUCACCAACAAAUUGGUUUAAAAUAUUUUGAUGACAUUGAACAAAGAGUACCAAGAGAAGAGAUUGAAGAGAUUGAGGCAAUAGUUAAAAAAUGUUUAAAAACAAUAGAUAAAAGUAUAAUCGCUGAUACUUGUGGUAGUUAUCGACGAGGAACACCGAAUAGUGGAGAUAUUGAUAUACUUCUCAGUCACCCAAACUAUACGAUCCAACAAAAAACAAAGAAAAAUACUUUUAAAAUUAUGGAACGAUUGGUAGAUGCUUUAAAAAAGGAAAAAAUAAUUGUCGAUGAUAUAAGUUUGGGACCAAUGAAAUAUAUGGGAUGUUGUGUAUGUCCUCCAAAAUCACAACCAAAAACAAAUGAUGAUAAUGAUGGUAAUAAUAAUGAUGAUAAUGAUAAUGAUAAUGAUGGUGACGAUCAAGAUGAUGAUGAAACAGAGCCAGAAGAUGAAGAAAGUGAAAGACUUUUAGUUGAAAAGAAAAAAACAAAAAUUAAAUCAAAGAUAGAGAGAUUAGAUAAAUUCUUGGUACCGAAUCUAAAUCUUGUAAGAUUAGAAGAGGAAAGAAACCAAAAACAAAACAACAAUCGUAAUAGAAGGAAAAGAAACAAGAAAAAGAAAUUACAACAACAAAAGCAACAACAGAAGCAGCAACAAGAUCAAUCAACAACAACUGCUGCUGGUAGAAAUAGAGCUUUAUCUGUUGGUUCUACCACUGUAGGGAACAACGAUAAUAGUAGUAGUAGUAGUAGUGGAAUUGGAUGUAGUGACACUUCAAAAACUGUAGUAUACUUGACAGAAUAUAACUAUCCAAUACUAUUGGACACUGCCUAUUUACAAGAUAUGGGAAAUACAUUAUCAUUUGACGAUUACUUUUCUCCCUCAUCUCCCUCUACUACUUCUAAUAAUAAUAAUAAUAAUGGAAUAGAUGAUGACAGCAGCAGUGGAAGUGACGAUGAAGAAGAAUACAAGGUCGGUUCUAAAAAGAACCUACAACACAUUCCUCAUACGAUGGACGCAGACGAAGAAAGAAAGAGGCAACUACAACUAAAACUAAAAAAGGAGUUUGAGGAAAAGAAACCAACCAUCGUCAUCACUGAAGAAGAUAGAAAGAAACAUAGAUCUGCUGUUCUUAUUCAAAAGUAUUGGAAAGGUUACUCUCAAAGAAGAAAAUAUACUUUAUUUGUUUUAAAAUCAAGAGUAUUAAAAGAAUUAAUUGUCACUGAAAGAGACUAUGUACAUUUUCUACAAAUCAUUUUGAAUGUUUAUUUUGUACCGUUAAAAGCAUUGGCUUCCUCCUCCUCCUCAUCCUCUUCUCCCUCUCCUUCUUUAUCUUCAUCAAUGUCAACAUCUAUGCCUCCUAUUUCUUCCUCAACCAACGACAAAACAUUUGUUGAAGGAAUAUCACCAAAUCGAGAUAGUAAAGAGAUCAAAAGUGGAAUCAAAAUUGGAUCAUCAACAAAUAAUAUGUCACCUCAACUAUCUGCAUCAUCUUCUCCAUCGAUGGCAAUGUCUAUUACAAAUAGUAGUAUCGGAGAAAAGGGUGAUUUUAGUUUUAUCGAUCAAACGCCUCUCACAUUGGACGAGGUCAAGAUUGUAUUUUCACAAAUCGAAGUCAUCCUAUUGUACAACAAACAACUUUUAGAUAAAUUGGAAAAGAGAAUCAACGAUGAAUGGAAUUAUGACAUCAAGAUUGGUGAUGUUUUUCUUCAGAUGAUUGAUUUCCUCAAGGUUCCAUACAGUCAUUAUAUCAUCAAUUUUCCACAAUGUCUCAAGGUACUUGAGGCUGCGUCAAAGAGACCAUCAUACAUGCUCUUUGUUCAGCAAUGCAAGUCUAUUGAAGCAGUUGGAAAAAGAGAUAUUCAAUCAUUUGUUAGUAUGCCAAUUCAACGUAUUCCCCGUUAUGUAUUAUUACUCCGAGAGAUCAUCAAAUUUACAACGGUUACACAUCACGACUAUUCCAACAUUGCAAAUGCACUAAAGAGAAUGGAAGCAAUCGCAGAACUUAUAAACAGACAGAUGAAGGAGGAUGAACAUUCAAAGGUGGUCAUUGAAAUCAAUAAGAAAUUAAAACCCCCUGUCGAGGGUCUCGUACAACCUCAUCGUCGACUAAUUCGUGAGGGAAAGGUAAAAAUCAUUCGAACCGAUGGCAAUAAUCAUGAAAUUCAAUUUGGUACCAUCAAAAAUUCAAAUGCUCCUUUUUCAGUCGUCAGACCAAGAUAUUUUUAUCUCUUUAAUGAUUGUUUUAUUAUUACUAAACAAAUGAAAACUACUUUCAAGGUUGAAAAUGUUGUAAAUUUAGAGUAUAGUACGAUUAUAGACCACUCUGCUAAAAACAAAUUACAAAAACAAGAUUCAACACAAACUUUAACCAAUUCCAAUGUUGGACCUCCUCAACAAAACAACAAUGAAAAUCUUGAUAAAGAUAGAAAUUCUGGAGGAUUCUCACCAUUUAAAAACUCUGGAGAAAGAUUUUAUUUCAAAUUACAUACGCUGGAAUGUGCAGUUGUCAUUUGCCUUUCAACAGAAGAAGAAAAAAAUCUUUGGAAAAAUGAUUUUGUCAGCGUCAUUAAUCAAAUCACAGAGAAUUCUCUGUCCUUUAAUCCAAAAUGGUCAAGAAAUAACCAUACCAAACAAUCUGGAAUGCUACAAGUCGUUGGUGGAAAGAAGCCUCAAUUUACCAAUGCCUCCAAAAACUCACUCAUCUCCCCCGAUAACUUUGUUUUAAAGCAAUCAAUCAAAGAACUUUUAUCGGUACCUGCCGAUCAGCAAGCUGCUUUUGAUCAACAAACUGCUGCAAAGCUAACCACUACCACUACGACCACUACAACAACUACUACUACCACCACUACAACCACCACUACAACUAGCACCGAAGAAGAGGCUUUGUUAAAAUCAACAACCACCACCCCAACAAAGCCAAGAUCUUAUUCACUUGGAGACGCUCUCUCCUCUCCAUUUGAUAGAUUAUUUAGCAAAUUCAAAUUUUAA